GUGAUUUGUUUCGUUACCAUAGUUUGAAUGAGUGUCGAACGUAGUGUCCUGAAGAAGCGUCUAGAGCGCAGGCUUGACCGUUUAACUAGAAGCUGUCAACAUGCAACUCAGGAGCUAUCAUUUCUUCUUAGAGAUUUCACAAAGUAUAUUGAGCGGCAUAUUGAUAAUUCCCCGUCGGAUUUUUCUACUAGUGAUAGGAUGUCAAAUAUGGUCUUAGUAUCCGAAAUAAUAAUUGAAGAUCUUUUUAAUCUAUUGUCUAAGUAUCACCAUGCAUCAGAGAACAUCCUGAAGACGUGCACGCAAGCCCACCAACCAAUUGAUUCUUCAGAUAUCAGCUUACUGUGUAAUUAUGACCUCACCAAAGAUUCUGUUGAAAAGUGCUUGGAUCAACCGCUUGACGAAAAAUACUCCAUAGAACAUCUAUAUAGCCGUACGCGACUCCUUUACAUGCUAGAAACAAGCUUUGGAUUGCAGGAAGCGGGUCUUAUAUCUCAAAUUUCGUAUCUGAAAGGGAUAUGUACAACAAGGGGAGAAAUAUCACCAGAUAUCACCGAAGAAUAUUUAAGGGAGCUAGAAGUAGAAUGUACCAAAUUAACCUCAGAAUUAGCUACUUUAAAUCAGCUGGAGGUUAUUCAAGUUCAAUCAAGAAAUAAAUUGGUUGAAAAGCAGAACCAAUUAAAACAUAUGAAUGAUGUUGAAGGGAUUCUUCGUCAAGAAAAUUCAUGGUUAAGAUUUUUGACAAAUAUAGUUGAUUUGGAACAUGAUUCUUGUAAACAAGCCUUAAAAGAAUUGAUUUCUAUUUCCCAAUCACUUCAUACUCUCAAGGAUUAUAGUGUUCAGCUUCUUGAGAAAUCAGCUAGCUUAUAUCAAUCAGACGAUCUGAUAGAAUGUGAUGAAUCAGUUAGGAAUGAUGUCUCAAAACAUUUCGAAGAUGCUGUUAUUCAUCUGCUACUAACCUCUCCAUUGCCACCUGAGCUUUCCGAAAAGCUUAAAACAACCGAAAAUCGUUCAGAAACCAUCCUUGAUAUUCUACGUUCUCUAAAAUCUAGAUUGGUAUCAUCCCAAGAUUCCAUUAAGAUUGAAUCAGAGAAACUGGAUAAAUGUAUACAGCAAAUAUUAAGAAACUGAUACCGUCUAAAAGAAAACUUUCUUUGCUGAAAUGUCGCCAUUCUUUCUGAUGGAUCAUCGUAAACAAUUACUUGGUUUGAAAGAAACAUUCGAGCUUCCGGAUUCACUUAUUUCAUGCGAUACACCUUCUCAUCUUGAACAACUGAAUCCCGAUCGUAUUCGUUUUUCUUGGAGAGGUCUUUGUUCUACAGAACUUACAGAUUUAUUUGUUAAUACUUGUAAAGAUAUAAAUGAUUUAGUUGAACAAUUGGAUCGCCUGGAACUCGAAGCAGAUAUUACUUUUCCUCAUAUAUAGUUGUCUUAUGUAUAGAUUUACUUGUGUACGAAAUAAAACAAGCUUUUUCAUCCCA